AUGGAGUGGCCCUACCAGUUUCUGCACCUCGACGAAGCCGGUAGACAGGAGCGUCGUGCUAUACUUGAUCGAUACGGGCUCUAUGGUCAACUCUCAGCAUUUAUUCCAAUCACCUUGGUUCUCAUCUUUAGGCUCACACGGAAGAUACUAAAUAAGACACUUGGGAAGAACCCUUCCUAUGAUGCUGUCCCAACCUCUCCAUCUACAAAACCCCCUAAGCGGACUAUUGCAUUCUCGCUCACACAAAAGCUGCGACGUUGGCUCUGGUGGUUAGAGAACGACAUUGAAAUUGCUGGUCAGAGAUGGAGCCGAGUGGACCAACUCAUCUUCGGUGGAAUGUGGACAGCCUGGCUGAUGUUUUUGUGUUUGAAUCAGACUAGAAACGAUUAUUUCCUGCUCACGCGGAAAUUCGGUGCCCUCGGCGCUUCACAGCUUCCAAUUCAAUACCUUCUGUCCUUGAAACGUCUGAAUCCAGUCGCAAUCGCCUUUCGAACUUCACAUGAGAACAUCAAUCGAUGGCAUCGUGUCCUGGGCUGGAUCAGCUAUUUCUUCAUUUUCCUUCAUGGCAGCUUCUACAUUAAUUACUACAUCCAAGUCGGCGGUCUAGGUGCUGCCUUCUUUCGUACAGUGCCUGUCCUCGGUAUGCUUGGCCUGCUGGGAAUGACGUGUCUCAGUGCAACCACGAUCAAGGUUGUCAGACAAUACUCCUACCGGGUGUUUUUCAUUACUCAUCUCGCCGUGGCCUUAGUCCUUCCAAUUUCAAUAUGGUUCCACGUACCGCACGGUCGUCUGUUUAUGGCGCAGGCUUUCUUGGUCCUCAUUGCUGAUAUGGUUGCACGGAAAUUCUACACCGUUGCCUGUCCAGCCACCGUCGAUAUGGUCCCUGGUACCGAUCUUAUCAAAGUAAUGACGGAGGUGCCCCCAGCGAGGCUACGUCGCUUCGCAGCACAUCCAGGCUCCCAUGCAUAUUUGAGCGUUCCACAAGCUACAUUUCUACCGUCCGGAGUAUUAUCAAAUCCCUUCACGGUAGUUUCCGCGAAUGAGGAGACGGGAUAUCUCACAUUCGUCGCACGCCGUAUGCAUGGGCUAGCAACCCAGACUCUCGCGAGGUUCGCUGGCGUGCACUGGCCUAACACCAAGCUCACGCUCAACCUCGACGGUCCAUACGGCGCGGCUACGUAUUUUCCGGACCUCGCAGCUGGCUUCGACAAGGUCCUCCUCGUGGCCGGUGGAGUUGGGGCAACUUUUAUUACGCCGCUAUAUGAGCAUAUCAUAACCGAAAAUCCUGCGGCACGAGUUCAGCUUGUUUGGGCAGUGCGAAAUACUGAUGAACUCGUCUGGUCUCGCGUAGCAAAAGACGACAAUAGAAUUCGGGUUUUCGUGACUGGAGAGCAAGCCGAUUCCGACUCUGCCGGCAGCUCAACAGGUCUUCCGGGUGAAUUUGGUGACGUUGAGCUAGACAUACUUGAGAAGGACCGCCAGCAAAAUGCAACAGUACCGCCAGAAAUUCGGAGGCGGCCGGAUUUGCAGGAAAUUGUGGAUGAAUUCUUAGGGUACGGCGUUCAUGAACACUGUGCCGUUGUCGUUUGUGGGCCAGAACUAAUGACAAGUGAUUUGAGAAAUGCCAUAGGUAUUUGGAUCUAG